AUGGCAUUGUACUAUAACUUAGUGUUUGGCCUUUUGGUCUCAGAAAUGGUCUUCUUUGGAAUCCUUUCACUCCCUUUCCCCAGAAGAGUCAGAAGACAAGUUUUAAGAACUGUUCUGGCUCCCUUUGAGAAUGAAAAGUUCCAAAUUGCCUUGAAGUGUGUUUUAGGGUUUGUUUUCGUUCUUUUCGUUGAUUCUGUCAAUAGAGUAUAUGCUGUGACAGCUGAAUUGAGACUGUCCAAAGAAGGAAUUACUGGGACUGUUGCCGGAUCCACGGCAGGCAUUUUGAAUGAUAGAAGUGAAGUUCAAGCUAGAAGAUUCUACGCUCAGAGAAACAUGUACUUAUGUGGAUUUUCAUUAUUUUUAACAUUAAUCUUGAUAAGAACAUAUGGUUUAGUUGCUGAAUUACUUGUAACAAAGGACAAGUUGGAUAAUAUGCGUGGUACUGCCAAAUUGAAUGAUUCCACUGAAUUGAAAGAGUUGAAGAAGAUGUUGGCCGAUCAAGACAAGGAGUUGGAAUUAUUGAGAGAGAAGGCUUCUUAUUUGCUGUCUGAUUAUGAUUCAGAAUUAAAGAAUAGAAAGUGA